AUGCCUCUCAACUCUAUUCUGGUAUGUGAAAUUUUUGACGUUUGGGGCAUUGACUUCAUGGGCUCGUUCCCAUCGUCGCAUUCUUAUGAGUAUAUCCUAGUAGCCGUUGAUUACGUCUCUAAAUGGGUCGAAGCAAUCCCUACUAGGACCAAUGAUGCUCGAGUGGUGUGUGAGUUCUUACGGAAGAACAUCUUUACCCGCUUUGGGAUACCUCGAGUGAUUAUCAGUGAUAAUGGGUCACACUUUGUGAACAAGCAGUUUGCUGCACUGCUGUCCAAGUAUGGGGUCACACGCAAAACAAGAACCUCGUACCAUGCCCAAACUAGUGGGCAAGUUGAAGUGGCUAACCGUGAACUUAAACGAAUUCUUGAAAAGACGGUUAAUGCUUCUCGUAAGGAUUUGUCAGUAAAGUUGGAUGAAGCUCUAUGGGCGUACAGAGUUGAGUUCAAAACAACCAUAAGGACUUUACCAUUCAAAUUAGUGUAUGGAAAAUUGUGUCAUCUACCUAUUGAUAUAGAACAUAAUACUUAUAGGGCAAUUAAGAUGCUUAAUCUUGAUCUUAGUCUUGCAGAUGAGCACAGGUUAUUGCAUAUGAAUGAAUUGGAUGAGUUUACACAGAACGCGUACGAAAAUGCGAGAAUCUUUAAGGAAAAGACAACGAGGUGUCAUGAUCAGCUGAUUAAGCCAAAUGAGUUUCAUGAAGGGGACAAAUCCUUACUAUACAAUAGUAGACUUAGGUUGUUCCCCAGAAAAUUCAAGUCAAGAUGGACAGGUAUGUAUGUGAUGAAACAUGUCUCACUGUAUGACGCCAUUGAGAUACAAGAUGAGGAGGGGAAUGGGAGAUUUAAAGUGAAAGGGCAUAAGUUGAAACCGUAA